AUGUGCGACAAUGCUAGAUAUUUCUUAGGCGCAAAAAGGGAACUGGACCAUUUGCUCAAAUUAUUCAAUUCGCAAGCAUUCACCAUCUUUAUACCCCAAGCUGCAGCAAAUGACGGCAUCAACUUCAAGUUCAUCCCGCCACGAUCGCUGAACUUCGGGGGGUUGUGGGAAGCGGCGGUGAAAUCGAUGAAAUACCAUCUAAAACGCACUCUAGGAACAAAAGUCGACACGCCAGAAGAGUUCUACACUUUACUGACGCAAAUAGAAACAUCCCUGAACAGUCGACCAUUAACGCCCUUGAGUAACGAUCCUGCAGAUUUGGAAAUCCUUACACCAGGACAUUUUUUGACCCAUCGUCAAAUGGCGUUAGUCUCAGAGCCCUCAUUGCAACAUCUGCGAGAAAAUUCGUUAUCACGAUGGCAGCAGUUCCAGAAGUAUCUACAGAUAAUCUGGAAAAAAUGGUCUACGUCCUACCUGUCGAAUCUGCAAAACAGGGUUAAAUGGACUAAACAGCAGAGCAAUCUGGCUAAAGAUAUGAUGGUUUUGCUUAAGAACGACAACCAACCGCCUCUACGGUGGAGCCUUGGGAGAGUGGUUGAAGUACACACAGCAGACGACGGGAAGCAAUCUCAAUUGCAAUGGCAACAACAACAACAACAACCAUUCCAACUUUAUCAGGCCGUCAAAGUGCCGAAACAACCGUCUCCUUCCAGAGAGAAAACUUCCUGCGGCAGCGAAAGAUCAGUUUUCGAGGCCGCCGUCGCCGCUACCGGUUUACUUUACUAUCAUUCGACGAUAAAAUUUCGAAAAGUCAAAACAACCGAUGUCGAAGCAAUCGAAGACCACCAGGCAAUACUGUACUGUCCACUUCUAGCAUCCAAUCGAGAUAAAAUCAAUAUGGUACUGUGGUUCCGAGACAACGCCGGCAUACCUCUGUACAGUCUUGACGUCCGUGGAAAGUCUCUGGAUGACGCUCAGCACUGGUCCGCCCCUCAAGUUUUCGGAAUACGAGCACGUUACGUCAUUGAGAGUGACCCAGCGUAUUUGGAAUUAAAUGAAAUUAAACGUCAUGAUCAAGGCAUCUAUCGGUGCCGGGUUGAUUUCCAAAACAGCCAAACACAAAGCUUUCGCUUCAAUCUCACCGUCAUUAUUCCACCCGAGCCGCCGGUGAUACUGGAUCGAUGGGGACGCAUCAUAAAUAGUACAAUAAUAGGACCAAAGGAGGAAGGAGAUGAUAUACUGCUCACUUGCCGAGUGGUUGGAGGAAGACCACAGCCCGACGUGCUCUGGUUUAUCAACGAUAAUCUGGUGGAUAAUCAGAUCGAGCAAAACACCGGCAACGUCAUCGAGAAUCGACUGCUGUGGACGUCGGUCCAGCGACAUCACCUGCACUCGGUAUUCACCUGCCAGGCCACCAAUACGAAGCUGAUGCCGCCCCGGUACAGCAAGUUCGUGCUAGAUAUGUACCUAAAACCCCAAUCUGUCAAAAUCCUAAACUCAACGCUUUCGCUGGCCGCCCACAAGGAGUAUCGGAUCGUAUGUCAAUCGAGCGGCUCCCGACCGGAUGCAGUGAUAACGUGGACGAAAGGCAAGAAGACACUGAAACGCUUCAAAGAGCACGUGGUACGGAACGUGACAAUUUCGGUGCUAAACUUCGUCCCGACGGUGGAGGAUGACGGACGGCUGCUCGGAUGUCGCGCGGAAAACCCCAAAGUUCCUGGUCUCUAUCUGGAGCAGUUUCAAAAUAUUAGCGUUCACUAUCCACCGGUGGUAAAUCUUCAGCUCGGAUCAACACUUUCCAUCGAUGAUAUUAAGGAAGGUGAUGACAUUUACUUCGAAUGCAGGAUACAAUCAAAUCCAUCGUGGCGGCGACUAGCCUGGCUACAUAACGGCGUACAACUACCUCAGAACUCAUCGUCGACGAAAAUCGUACGUUCGAACCAAAGCCUGGUGAUCCAGAAGGUGACACGUAGCUCGAGCGGGGCCUACCAGUGCGGGGCACUCAACACGGAGGGUGAAACGCUGAGCAAUGCCAUCGAGCUGAACAUCAAGUAUAUUCCCAUCUGUUCAACCGAUAAGAUCAUCAGUCUGGGAGUAUCGAUCGACGAAACUGUGCUGAUUAGUUGCAAUAUCAUUACGCAUCCCGCGGCGAGCCGGUUCUACUGGCGGUUUGAGAACUCCGAAGAAGUCAUCGAAAUAGAUCCGGCUCGAUACACGAACAACGGUACCAGCAGCCACCUGGACUACACCCCGAGCUCCGAGCGGGACUACGGUACACUGUCCUGCUGGGGAAUCAACGAAAUCGGAACGAUGGCUGAACCAUGCAUCUAUCAUCUAAUCACCGCUGGUCUGCCCACUUCGGUCAUUAACUGUGGCUGGAAAAACUACAGCGAAACGAUAGAAAUCAACUGCCAUGCCGGGUAUGACGGUGGACUCCGGCAGACUUUUGUACUAGAAAUGUUAUCCAACCAUAAUCCCGGUUUCGGAAUCAAUUUAACCAACACGGAAGACCCCACAUUCGUAACAUCAUUCAAAGCGCUUCGUGAGCAACUGCCAAAUAUUUAUCAACCGGAUUCGCUCAAACUAUUUGCAUACGCCGUAAAUCAAAAAGGAAAGAGUCCACGAGUAUUCAUAACCGACCUAUUCAUACCAGCUGUCGAAGAGCAGGAACACACCAGCAGCCAGAAGUCAACGCUGCUCACGCCGAUUCUCAUCGGGCUACUAUUGACUAUCGGACUCAUUAUAGUAGUAAUAGUUGUAAGAAUUUACUUGAAAUCCAAAAGACUUAAGCAAACUAUCGGUAAGGAGAAACGUUACACGGAGGAGUCCAAAAAUACGCUACUGUUGAUGGAUCAACCAAAGAAAGACAAAUCUCAAAAGGCUUCCAAGUGGAAAAACAGCAUGACUAGUAGCAUAAAAACUAGAAAUAAGAUCGAAACCAUAGACGACGAACAAGAUCCCGACUUGAUUCCGUACCCACGUCUUACCGACAUCCAGCAAGAGGAGCUGAUCCCGAUGAACUCGGACAUCUCGUUCAAGCCGAAAACGGUUCGACUGCCAACAGUCACAGCAGCAACCACGUCCACCGCAUCCACCACCACCAUCAGCUUCCGAGACGAGGACAUUUCCGAGGCCGAAAUCAAUCUGAAAGGAAUUGAGGACUUCCUGAUGACGAAUCACGUGCCGGAAAGCUGUGUGUGA